CAGAGAAUGGAGCUAAGUAUGUUAGAGAGGAGGAGUUCAAAAAGAGGCAAAGACAACGAGGCCUUUGAGCCUGAGGAGCAGGAUAAGAUACAUGUUCAAGCAGAGAACACUUCAGAGGUUUCAGAUGAUGCACGCAGAACGACACGCCACCAGAAAAGCAUGCUGGAGACAAAAAUGGAGACAUUCCAGGGCUGUCUGGCCGAGCACAGAGACCUGAUCCACCUGAUACUUCAGCUGGUUUUAGCAGCAGGCUUCGUUGCCAUAGUGAUAGCAGCAUGUGUGCUGAACUUCCGCCGAGCUGUUGUGCUGCUGGUCAUCUCCAUGGUAAUCGUGUUCUUCCUGGUCUGGGAUUGGAUGAUGGAGCGCUAUGGUGACAGGGUGUGGGAGGAGCUCCAUCCCAUCAGGGAGCGUUUCAGCAGAAACUGGUUUUGGAUCAAGUGGAUAUUGUGCGUGCUGCUGGUGGUAGCCGUGGUGUUCUGGUUAGCCCUGGACACGGCCCAGCAGGGGACCAGACAGCUUGUGUCCUUCUUUGGUUUGCUGCUCUUAAUCUUCCUGAUGCUGCUGUUUUCCAAACAUCCAUUUAGGUGGUCCUGGCAGACUCUUAUUUGUGGUGUUGGGCUGCAGUUUGUGUUUGGUCUGCUGACCCUCAGGACAACGUUUGGUUUAGGAGCGCUGCAGUGGCUUGGAAAUCUAGUGGAGAGUUUUAUGUCAUUUGCAGAUGUUGGGUCUAAGUUUGUGUUUGGUGCCUCGUACACUGACCAUUUUUUUGUCUUCAAGGUGAUGCCAAUUUUGGUGUUUUUAAGCUCCGUAAUCUCCAUCCUCUACUACAUCGGCUUCAUGCCCUGGCUGGUUAGAAAGAUUGGAUUCAUAAUGGAGGUUACCAUGGGAACAUCUCCAGCAGAAUCAAUGGCUGCAGCUGGAAACAUCUUCUUAGGACAGACAGACUCACCGCUCUUGAUCCGCCCGUACAUCAGUGGGUUAACUCUCUCUGAGAUCCACGCUGUGAUGACUGGAGGGUUUGCCAGCAUCUCUGGUACCAUCUUAGGAGCCUUCAUCUCUUUUGGGGUUGAGGCCACUCAUUUGUUGACAGCAUCAUUUAUGUCUGCUCCGGCCUCCCUUGCCAUCGCUAAGACCUUCUGGCCUGAGACAGAGACGCCCCGUGUAGUGACCAGUCAGGACUUUAAAAUGGAACAAGGAGAAAGUACAAAUGUCCUGGAGGCUGCAUCCCAGGGUGCAACUUGUGCUGUGGGACUGAUUGCCAGCAUUGUUGUCAACCUCAUUGCCUUCAUGGCUCUGUUGGCCUUUUUUGACUCUGCCCUCUCAUGGUUGGGUGGGAUGUUGGACAAUCCAGAGCUCAGCUUCUCGCUCAUCUGCUCAUACGUGUUUAUGCCUCUCUCCUUCAUGAUGGGUGUUUCCUGGGAGGACUGUUUCAUCGUUGCUGAGCUGAUUGGCAUAAAGACAUUUAUCAAUGAGUUUGUGGCCUACCAGAAGUUGUCAGUGUUGAUUAAGAGGAGGAAAGCAGGAGGGCCAGAGUAUGUGAACAACGUAAAGCAGUAUAUUUCUGUCCACUCUGAAACCAUUGCCACCUACGCUCUGUGUGGAUUUUCCAACUUUGCCUCCCUGGGGAUGUCAGUUGGAGCAUUGUCUUCACUAGCUCCAGAAAGACGUGCAGACAUCUCCAGUUGUGGCCUCAGAUCUCUGAUUGCAGGCAGCGUCUCCUGUUUCAUGACUGCUUGUAUUGCAGGUGUGUUGUACAUCCCGGAUAUUCAGUGCCCACAUUUCCUGAAUACAGAGUUCACUAACACCAAUGUGACCCUCAGCUCACACCUGGCCGCCUGCUGCAAACAGCUGUAUAACAGUGUGACGGUGUAUGAGCCGCUGAACGUGACGAUUGGGGGUGGAUUCAGUGAUGGCAGUCUGCAGGGCUGCUGCAAACUUUCACCCUCCACUCACUUUAACUGCAGCCUGGUGCUGUGAGUCACAGUGAGCAAAAAAAAAAAACCACCCAAAUCAAGCUCUGUUAACUGU